AUGACUUCAAACGAUUUCAUCAUCGUGUACAGCGGCCUUCUCGACCUGGCCGUCUGUACUGGUGUCAAGUGCGGGUAUGCCCUCGAAGUUGCUAGCGUGAAGAGGCAUAUUCGCGGCGGGGCACACCGUGGAACUGGCGAUGAAGAAGCCGAGCGAGUCACUCAAGAGCAGAAAAAAUCCAAGAUUCAGGAGCAGAAGGACAAUAGCUGCAUGGAAGGCGUUAUCCCUUACCGUCUCCGAAAGAAAUAUAUCGAAACGACUGAUGCCAUGUACGUCUCUGGUCAGGUUUUGCCAGCAGUAGACAUUCUCCCUGUCCAUGACUGCUUUAAGUGUCCAACCUGUGGUUAUAUCGCUCCGAAAGCUGAUACAGUCCGCAAGCAUAUGACCUCUCUGCCGUGCUCGACUCGAACAGUUCAGGAUAUUCGUCGCGUCAAGGCCCAGUCGAUCUUCGGCGGGAACAAGCGCAAGUUUUUCGAAGUGUUCCAGGACAAUGACCCCACUACAGGAUCUUGCGUCCUGUCCACCACGAUGAGGAACCUGCGUGGUUCAAAACCCGCUGACUUGGGUGCGGAUAUUUCGGCCAUGGACUCUUUCCUGUCGGUAAUGCGCUUUGAUAGGCACUUGAAGGCCUGUAACUUGUCGAUGGAGAAGGCUCAUAGCCUUUGCUUUCUCGCGGACCAAGCUAAACGUUCUUCUUUUCGAAAACUUGUUUCCGAAUACCACAAGCGUGCUUUUGAUAUCACUGAGAGGAAAGUGUACAUCAAGACACAUACAUUUAUGGACUCAACCCUUUCGCUGGCAGUCGAGGAGAAGACUAAGGACCACUACGACUCCCGCGCGUCCAGACUCAUUGCCUUCGUAUGGAACUCGUGCCAGGAGGGCAACGCAAUGCGCAAACAUUUCUCGCCCGACAUCAUUAAUGCAAUCGAGGGGAUGCUCACCAAUGCAUCCGAACAAUCCGCUCUGCAGCAGUUGCACUCUUUACUCUACGGCCUGUUCUUCAGUCCCCUUCAUGAUCACAAUGACGGUUUAGUUGUCUUUGUUACUUGUUGCUCUGUGAUUACAGGGGACGGUGGCAAGACUUUCCGCUUCGCAAAUGCGAGUGAUAUGUCACCCAUGAUGGCAGCAAUUAAGCAUUUCGCCCGCUGCGUCGUCGUGAUGGACGUCUACAAGUACGGUGAGAAAGACACUACUUUAGGCUGGGACAGGAUAAACAAGGCUACCGGUUCAAACACAGACCAUGGUAUACGUUUCGUCCAGUACUGUCUAUCUGUUUGUCAUCGCCUCCGAGACGGCGAAAAUGUCAAGACACGCUUCACCCUAUGCCCAAAGCAUGAGCUUUGUGGCAUUAUCGAUGGGGUGGAGUUGUCCGUACCCCAGCUUGGCCGCAAGUGGAAAGGGUUGCAGAAGAAGGCAUGGAGUCUUCUCGAUAACCACCUGUUGAAUGGAUUGAAGAUUACUCCACACUUCUGGUCUUCCUGUAUGGAGAUGCAGGACAGCCUCAUCGCCUUGACGCCUUCCUACUGGUUUGGUUCUCACUCUGCAAACAAACAUGUCACUGAAUUCUGGUCGGGCAAACUUCUAGAGCAGUACAGGCCCACUCUUCUGCAUGGAGACAACACUGUCAAUGUUGACGCGGCAAAAGAAUUCUUAAAAUGCUGCGAUGAGCUGCAGAGUUACUUGUAUGUGUUGCUCCAAACUUGCUCCGGCGCUCCCGCUCGUGCCACAGAGAUCAGUUCAAUGCGCAUCUGCAAUUCAACGUUCGGUCCCCGCAACAUAUUUAUCAAUGGUGGUAUGUUGUUCACCGUCAUCUCCUACCACAAAAGCCGAAGUAUGCAUGGCGGUGUGGCCCGACCGGUGGCGCGCUUCCCCGACAUGGAUACAGCUGGACUGCUAAUGGUAUACAUAAUGGUUAUCAGGCCUUUGGAAGCAACUGUUGUGCAACUUAUUCAUGAUGCUAGUCAGAACAAAGAAAUGGAGACCGCGGUUCCCGCCACUGAUUUGACGCCAAAUGUGGCGAAUUCAGUAGGCACACAGCAUAGAGACUACUUGUUCGUCAGCCGAGGGACACGUGUAACAGUUGACCGCCUUCGCCACUACUUUGAAAAAACAAUGAUCGCUAUGGAAAUGGAGCUCACCACGAGCCAGUAUCGGCAGUACCAUUGCGGAGUUGUGAAAAACUUCUUCCCCUUCCAGACGGAUUGGGAUGAGCAGAGUACCAUGGGACAGAUCAAUGUGCUUCAUAACCAGGCCGGACACAGCGAAAGAACUGCCCAUCAGCUUUAUGGGGUCUCUUCCAUGGAUAUGCCCAGAUUGACAGCUACCGAACUGGCGAGGUAUCGCCGAGCCUCCAAGAUUUGGCAUGAUGCUGUGGGACUCAUGCAUGGGCCGCCGUGUCGCUCAUCUGACGCUGUUUCACAGACAGGAACUCAAUCCCUCACUGAGGACAAGCCCUUACCUCAAGGCGACUUUGGAGAGAUCAUUUCCCGCAUGGACCGAAUGGAACAACUCCUGUUAGAAUUAAUUCAAUCACGCACCGACAACAAACCUGUCUCUGGUCAGUUUGAGGACAAUUCUGGCCUUAAGCGAGGUACAGGCCUCUUGCAGAAGGAUCUCGACUCCUCGAGAAAGAAAUUUCGUCCAGAUCCUAUGAUGUCUUCUAAUGUCAAGACCCAGAUGCGAAACUUCCUUGACAAACAGGACGCUGAAUUCAAAUCCAAAAUGCAAGAGCAUGCUGUGAAACACUGCAUGAAGAGUAGGAAAGAUGCGAUUAUAGUUCUCCCAACUGGGGGUGGAAAGUCUUUGACUUUCAUGCUUCCCGCGUUUACACACGUUGAAAAGGUCGUCGUUGUCGUCGUUCCUCUCGUGGCAUUGCAGAAAGACCUCGUGAGACGCUGUUCGGAUGUCGGAAUACAUGCUGCCCUUUGGAAUUCCCGUGGUAUUGCGGGAGCAAGAAUAAUCAUUGCAAGUGCGGAACAUAUCUUAUCCCAGGGUUAUCAGGCCUACAUGAAGGAGCAGCACGCAUUGCAACGACUUCACGCAAUUUUCAUCGACGAGGCCCACCUUGUGCUGUUAUGGAAAGAGUUUAGAGAGGCGUUCACCCUGUUUUACAAGUAUGUCCGCCCGAAGCCUUUGGACGUCCCAGUUUUUUGUCUUACCGCCACUGCACCACCGUCAAUCGAGGGGCAAAUUGCCGAAGCAUGUGGUAUGUCGGAUUGGAGGGUGAUGCGAAUGUCCACAUCGCGGUCGAACAUUCGCUAUGCAGUCAUCGAUGUCAAGAAGGAAACCAUGUUCCGCCAAGUUGAUAGACACCUAUGCGAAUUGGGGAAACAAUACAGUACGGCAAGCUGUAGGGCUAUCGUUUAUGUCCGCACAAGGCAGGACUGUGACAAAUUGACAGAAAUGUUGACACUUCUCUCCCCAGGGACUCCUUGCUUCAAGUACCACGCUGGUAUGACUGCUGAGGACCGCGACGUUAUGCAGUGCAACUGGGAGGACACCUCGGACGGAAGGGCCCACGUGAUGGUGGCAACUGCCGCUUUCGGUUGCGGUAUCGACGCUCCGACUGUGCGAAUCGUCAUCCACGCCGGACAACCGAGGACGCUCAUCGAAUUCAUACAGGAAAGUGGCAGAGCUGGGCGUGAUGGGAAGGUAGCAUCCAGUGUUGUGUUGAACGCAAAUGGUCCCGGUGGUUCCAGAGACCCUGAAGAAGACAGAGUUCCUUUCAAGAAAGAUGAUUUCGUUCCCGUGAAAGAGCACGAUUGGAGUAAUGAUAUGUUUGGUACAGUGGAAGGAGUGCAAGAGCAGAGCACAAGCUGUCGUCGAUGGCUGUUGGAUGAAUUUGUCGACGGUACAUCCCCUGAGUACACAUGUCAGAAACGCGGUAUGGAGCUUUGCGAUAUUUGUCAACACAGCAAUGCAGGUGCAACUGGUGUCCCCGUGUCUUCCCGUGGUUUUACUCAGCCAAUUGCCACCACCGCAAAUGUUGGGAACAAAAGCACAGGCUCUAAGAGUACUACCACUGCAGCUAGUGCGCAGCAUGUGAAGUUAGACUACGGGAGUCGAGUUUCACCGAAUUUCUGUCCAGUGUGCACCGUUUUGACACAGCGUAUUGUAGAACAUGACGGAUCAUCGAAUGAGAAGGACUGGAUUUGUUAUAGAAAUCGUUGCUUGCGUUGUGCGCAACCCGGACACGGUGUGAAACAAUGUGUUAUGUUCAAGGGCACUGGUAGGUGUUGUCAUUCGUGCGGUUUGCGCAAAGUGGACAACCUCGUGAUUCAUAACAGCGAUGAAUAUGGAAGACAGUUUUGUCGCUUCAAGAAGAUGAUGUGUCUCGCCGUGCUCUGUUGGGACAAUCAGACCCUCCGCAAGCAGAUGUGCAGUGCGAUAGAUGGACUUGAGAACGUGAAACGCCCUGACCAGCUAUCCAAGUGGCUUCUCGGUGAUCCCCUAAUCAGUGGGCCAGACGGGAUGGGGUUACGGUCUUUCGUGCCUUGGUUCUUCACAAGUUACCUUGAUUUCCCAUCAGUCGAGUAA